CGCAGUCUCAGUACAUCCCUUCGUCCAGCCUGUUGAAGGAGAGUCGCUCUGCGAGUUGGGCAAUAGAAGUUUUUCUUCUGUAACAAAAUAACCAAUUUGGUCGUGUCAGGAGCAACUAAAACCAAUUUGGAAAUGACAUUGAUAACCCAGGAACAAAAAUCGUGUUAGAGGGUCCUGUUUUGGAAGAAGUUGCCAAGAGAUUAUUUUCCCAGUCUUUUGAGAGUCCUCCUUCCCUCACCUUUCCUCUAUAUAAGGAGGAACAAAGUCCAGCUGCAUUUUUUGAAUAUUAUUAGCUGUCCUUCGACUAAAUGCUGCUGCGAAGAGGCCCUUCUUUCCUCCGAUGGAAAACCAGAAAAGGGGAAAUGGGGCUUUUCAGCUUCAAAAAGGUCCCGUUUUCUCUGCAAAGAGGCCUGGAUUCCUUUGGAGCAGCAGCUAUGGAGCAGCCCCACAUUAGCAACCCCUUUCAGGAAGACCCUCUCCUCAAGAGCUACUUGGGAUCCCACUUACCUGCCCAGGUCUUUGGGGAGGUUAGCCUGGACCUUGAUCGGUUUGGGGCUCGGAUCACGAAGGAGAUUGACUUCCUGGGUCGAGAGUGUGAAUUACAUCCUCCCAGGCUUCUUCACUAUGACCCUUGGGGUCAGAGGAAGGACCACCUCCUGACCUGCACAGCCUGGAAACGGCUGAAGGAAGUGGCGGCCGAGGAAGGCCUGGUUGCUGAGGCCUAUGAGAGGAGAUAUGCCCAGUGGAGCCGCCUUGCCCAAAUGGCCAAGCUCUUCCUGUUUGCAGCGUCUUCGGGCCUCUUCAGCUGUCCUUUGGCCAUGACUGAUGGGGCCGCCAAGGUCAUCGAGUCCUUAGGUAUACCCCAGCCCUUGGAGGAUGCCUUCUGCCGCUUGACCUCUCGUGAUCCUAGAAUGUUCUGGACCUCUGGACAAUGGAUGACUGAGAGAAAAGGGGGCUCCGAUGUGGCCGGGGGCACGGAAACCAUUGCCAGAGAGCAGUCUGAUGGGACUUAUAGUCUUCAUGGCUUCAAAUGGUUCACUUCGGCCCCCGAUUCAGACAUGGCCUUGACCCUGGCCAGGGUCAUGACUCCAGAUGGAGAUAUUAAAGAGGGCCUCUCCUUGUUCUAUCUCCAAUUACUGAAUGGCGAAGGGAGGUGGAAUGGGUUUGAGAUCCGAAGAUUGAAGGAUAAACUUGGGACAAGGCAGUUGCCGACGGCUGAAAUAAUAUUGGAUGGUGCUAAGGCCUUGCGGAUCUCCCCUGAAGGUCGCGGCAUCCCCUCCAUCGCUGCCAUGUUGACCAUGACCCGGAUCCACAAUGCCGUCAGUUCCGUGGCUGUCAUGAGGAGAGUGACCCACUUGGCUAGGGACUAUGCCACCAAACGGGAGGCCUUUGGGAAAACCCUGAAUGAUCAUCCGCUUCAUGUGCGGACCUUGGCCUGGAUGGAGGUCCAGUCGCGCGGGGCCUUCCUGCUGCUGAUGGAAACAGCCCGGCUCUUGGGGCUGGAGGAGGCCAAGAUGGCUGAUAUGACAGAGCGUCACCUGUUCCGCCUCCUGACCCCCGUCCUCAAGCUCUACACUGCCAAACAGGCAGUUGCGGUGGCCUCUGAAGGCCUAGAGUGUUUUGGAGGCCAGGGCUUCAUGGAGGACACAGGGCUGGCGGGGAUCCUCCGAGAUGCCCAGGUGCUGCCCAUUUGGGAAGGGACCACUAACAUCCUCUCCCUUGAUGUCCUGCGCUCCAUCCACAAAAGCCACGGAAAUGCCAUGCAGGCCUUCUUCUCCAGUGCACAGGCCAAGAUGGCAUCCGCUCGGGAUUCCCCAGAUCUAAAACCUUCUGUCCAAAUGGUCCAGAAAUCACUCCAGAAACUCCAGAAAUUUUCUGAAGAAUUGGGGCUCAAAGAGGCCUCUGGGGCCCAGAUGGCGGCCAGAGAUUUUGCCUAUUCUCUCGCCUUGAUCUACGGAGGAGUUCUGCUUCUCGAACAUGGGGCCAGGCCCGAGGCAUCCUCCGCAGACAUCACCGCAGCGCAGAGGUGGUGCCUCCAAGACCUGUGCCCAGUGUCCCGAGAGGAAGAGGCUGGUGCCUACAAAAUGGCUGCCGCCACCAUGGACACCGCUUUGGUUUUUGAAGGACAUCCCCUUCACAGAGGGACACAAAAUGGAGACCUGAACUCAUUUAAAAGAGAGGAAUUAUGCUGAAGAUGAGAUCAAACAUUGAAUUUAAAUUUAAGGAAUAUGUGGAUGACAUGGUAGUCAUUACAGAAGUUCCUAUAAAGAGAAUACCAAAUUUGAUGAGCAUAAUUAAGUAAGGAAGUGUGACAGGUUUUAAAAUAAACAAAGAGAAAUCAGUAUUUUUAACUAAAAAAUAAUAUUGAUAAACUGGAGAAUGUUUCAGCAUGUAAGGUCACAAGGAAAGUUAAAUAUUUAGGAAUACGGAUAACUAAUAAAAAUAAUAAUUUAUAUCAAGAUAACUAUAGGAAGGCAUGGAAGGAGGUUUAAAAAAGGCCCAGAUAGACGCCAAAGGAUUCAAUUUUUCUUGUUAGGAACAAUAGCUGUGCUAAAAAUGAUGAUUUUACCAAAAAUGCUGUUUUUAUUUUGAAAUUUACAAAUAAUUAAGGGAGUGAAGGUUUUUUGAGAAAUGGAGAAAGGAAAUUGUUAAAUUUAUAUGGAAUGGGAAAAAAGGCUAGAAUUGUUUAUAGAAAUCAAAUAAAUGCAAAAGAUAAGAGGAGGAUUGGUGCUUCCAGAUUUUAGAUACUAUUAUGAUGCUGCAGGAUUUAGUUGGCUAUUAAAUUAGAAAAUCAAUCUUUCCUUAGUCUAGAGGGGCACAAUCUGAGAUGUAUUUGGCAUGCCUAGUUAUGGAAAAGAGAAAGCUAACGAAGAUUUUAGUAGGCAUCUGAUAAAAGAGCUAGCCUUCUAGCGAUGUGGAAAAGAUACAAAGAAGGGAUGGAUCAGAAAAUCCCUUUGGAAUCAAUGUUAAAACCAACAUACAAUGAAGAACGGAGAACUUAUAGGGAAUAUCUAAUUCAAGAAAAAAGACAGUGGAAACUAAAAGGGAGAGAAGAGUUAGGGAUAAAUUACUGUUUCUGUUAUCAGUUACGGGAUAUAUUUAAGUAAGCCAAUAACAUUGGGUUUACUAAAAAGAAAUCAGAGUUGAAAAAUAUUUUGGGGAAAGAAGACAAAGGAUUGAUUUCCGGGUUAUGCAAAUAUAUUCUAGAGCAGGGGUCCACAAACUUUUUAAACAGAGGGCCAGGUCACAGUCCCUUAAACUGUUGGUGGGCCAGAUUAUAAUUCGAAAAAAUAUGAAUGAAUUCCUAUGCACACUGCACAUAUCUUAUUUACAGUGCAAAAACAUUUUAAAACAAUACAAUAAUUAAAACGAAGAACAAUUUUAACAAAUAUAAACUAAUUAGUAUUGCAAUGGAAAGUGUGGGCAUGCUUUUGGCUGUUGAGAUAGGAUUGUUGUUGUUAUUGUGUGCUUUCAAGUAGUUUCAUACUUAGGUUGACCCUGAGCGAGGGCCGGGUAAAUGACCUUGGAGGGCCGCAUCCAACCCCCGGGCCUUAGUUUGAGGACCCGUGUUCUAGAGUAUAACCUGGAAGACAAUAGAAUAAAAAUGGUAAUGCUUUCCUGGUCCAGAGACUUAGGGAAAAAUAUAGAUUUGGGUAACUGGGAAUACUUAUGGAAACAAGAAUUUAAAUUUUCAAUAGCGGGAUCUAUCAGAGAAAAUAUGUAUAAAAUUUUCAGUAGAAGUUAUACAACUCCUGAAUUAAUGGCUAUAAUUGAUAAAUCCCAAAGGGGGGAAUGUUGGUGAUGCAAAACGCAGAAAGGCACGUUCUUCCUUGUUUGGUGGAUCUGUAUGGUAGUAAUAAAAUUUUGGAAAAAGAUGACUCAAGAAACCAAUAAAAUUAUUACUAAGAAGAUUAAGAAAAACCCAGAAAUGUGCCUAUUGGGUUUGUUUCAGGAGAGAAUUGACGAAGGAGAUGUAGAAAUUUGCUAUUAUAGUUAUAUGGCAGCAAAAAUCACUGUAGCAAAAUCUUGGAAGGGGGAAAAAACUACUUGUUAAGGAUUGGAGAAGAGAGGUAGUAGAGUAUACCCAAAUGCCCAAGAUCUCCAAUGGCACAAGGGGAGGAAACAAAGAAGAUUUCGCUAGAAAAUGGAGACAAAAGUAGAUUUUGAAAUAGCUGAACAGAGGAUUUAUUAGUGGAAUGAUAAGGACAGAUUUUUGUUACAUAUUAGUUCCAUAUGGUGUGUUUGAAGUCAUGGGUAGUGGUUCACAGCUGGGAAUGGGGAGGUGGUGGGACAAGGAAAAAUAAUACUUGUAUUUUGAUUGGUGAAUCUCAAAGAUUGUAUGUUGUUUUUCCCCCUCAUAUAUCACAAUAAAAAUGUAUACCAAAAAAAGGGGUCUUGAGUGACCACUCCUCAUAUUUGUAUACAAAUAAAAGAAUUGAUUGUAUGGAAUUCUAAAAACAA